AAGUGGCCAACCUUCGCCAGCCUCAAGGCUGGACUGAUUGGAAAAGAGAGAUUGAAGAGCAGAGAAGACGGAGAUGGAGAGAGAGAGUAAUGCGAUGGACGAGAGAAAACAUGAGCAAAGAUGAAGAAGAUGAUGAAGGAGGGGAAAGUGAAGAGGAGAGUGAAGAGGAGUCAGAUCAUGAAAUGACUGAACCAAUGGUGAAAGAGGAACCUCACCGGGCUACGUGUGAGGACAAUGAUGAGGAAGUGGUUGAAGAGGAAGAAGAGACAAUAAGUGACGACGAAGGUGUUAGGUUGGAGGACACAGAGCGGGAAAACGCUCCUGAGGGGGAGUUUGGAGACAACAAUGUGGAUACAGAAGUGGAGGAGAGCACAGAAGAGGAGGAGGUGGAAGACGCCAAUGAAUCAGAGGAAGAGCAAGUGCUGGAUGACCAAGACCAUCAGGAGGAGCAGGGGACACAAAAAACCCACUCCAGUGCAGCCUCGGUCGAAGAGGAAGCUGCUGAAUGUUCUGGGUUUGGAGAUGAGUAUGAAGAAGAUGCACCGGAAUAUUAUUUCCUUGAAACAAUAUCAGACAGGACUGUGGAUCAGGAGAAGCAGGAAGGUGAUCCUGGUCUAUCUGUCACAGCCACGGUGAGAAAAGACAAGGAGGAUAUCAACAGUAAGAUGUUUGAGGAGGAAGAUGAGGAGUCAACAGAUGAGGAGAUUGCUGAAGAUUCCAGUGACGAUGAGUGUUAUGAUGAAAGUGUUCAGAAGCUUUACAGCAAAGACAAUCACGCCCCUGAAUUAUUCCUCACUCUGGCUCAAUUCAGAGAGCGAUCUCUUCUCACUGAUCUGACAUUGCUCACCAGAGAUGGCGCAACUUUGUGUGUUCACGCUCCUGUGCUGGCAGCCGUCAGCUCCCUCACCAGGAAAGGUCUGGCGGUCCUGGAUGUAUCGGGCGACAGCGGGCUCUGCAAGAGGUCACUGAGUUUGGACGUUGACCAUGACAGUCUGGAGGCCAUCGUUGAUUUUGCGUACACUGGACAUUUAUCAAAGCUGAGCAAGGACACAGUUGAAGAUAUAAAAGCUGCAGCUGAAACUCUUGGUGCCCCAAGAGUGCUUGAUCUGUGCGAGACUUUUGUCAGCAACUCGGAGAAGAUGGAUGAUGCCACAUCUGCUAUGCAGCAUAUAGUCAUCAGCCUUCAGUCUGUAAAGCAGCUUCAGGAGGAGAGAGUAGGCUGUGAUGUCAUCCUGGACGUUCAUGGGGCGUCCUUUCAUGCCCACAGAGUCAUCUUGGCUGCCUGCAGCGAUUACUUCCGCGGCAUGUUCAGCCUGGGCAUGAAGGAGUCCUAUCAGUCCCAUGUCCAUCUACCCUUCCUCCCUGCCGCUGAACUGGAAGUUCUCAUUGGCUCGUCCUACACUGGGUCUGUUCACCUCAGCUGGAGUUGUGUCUUUGAAGUCGCCUGCCUUUCUCUGCAGCUGCAGUACCAGCCAGCUCUAUCGUUGAGCCUGCAGUACCUUCACGAAGAGCUAAACCCUCACUCCUGCCUCGACGUAGCGUCCUUUGCCGAAGCCUAUCAGAUGACGCAUCUCCUCGAACUUGCUGAUGAUUAUGUCCUUCGACAAUUUCCAAAGGUGUCGCGCACUGCCAAGUUCAAAUACCUUCCUGCCAGACAACUGCUGAGGUAUCUGAGGAGCAGCUCACUCAACGUUCCUUGUGAACUUGUUGUAUUUCGGGCUGUGGCAAACUGGAUCCAAGCCAAGCCCAAAAGAAGGUUUCGACUUGCCAAAGAGCUCAUGAAAACCAUACACUUCCCCCUGAUGACUUUUAAGGAGUUCAAAGAGGUCCGAUCUUUGGAAAUGUGGUCGGACCAACGACUAGCGGACAUCUACGAAGCCGUUCACGAUGAGUUUUGCUCUGAGUCAACACCACAGAGUCAGUGUCGCGUCUACCUGCCGAAGGAGAUUCUUGUGGUGAGCGGUGGUGACCAGAUCUCCGAGGACAUGGCUCUCCGGAGCGUUAGCACAGAACUCUGGUUUGGGAAUUCCUUGAUGAAUCAGACAGGGAUAAAGAAGGCCAUGGAGUGGAGGCUGCUGGGAGAAAUGCCAGAGACUCCAAGGUUUGGUCACGAAGUGGCUGUGUUUAAAGGACAGCUUUACGUGUUUGGGGGCAACAGGUAUUACGGUGUUGGUGACACCCUAAAUUCUGUUUACAGAUACCAUCCACUUCAAAACAGCUGGGAGCGAUUGGCAGACAUGGGGGAAAAUCGAUGCGCCUUCUCUGUUGUGAUCUUUGAUGGGAACAUGUUAGCCAUCGGCGGACACAGUGACCCGGACUAUAAGGAGAGUGUAGAACGAUACAGUCUCACAACAAACUCUUGGAGCUUCACAAAGCCUCUGGAUCUGCCUCUUGGUGGACACGUAGCAAGGGUCUUACACGGACAGAUCUUUGUCUCAGGUGGUAUGAACAAUGACUUCAACUGUCUAUCGUCCAUGUUUGUCUAUCACCCAGAGACCGGAAGCACCUACCUGGCCACAAUGUCCAAACCACGCGCUCAUCACUGCAUGGAGACUCUAGGUGAUCAUCUUUAUGUAGCAGGUGGCUUCACUGCAGAUGAUGGUGGCGCGGUGGUGGACCAGCUGGACUGUGAAGUUUACCAUCCAGCGACGGACUCCUGGACUGCCUUCACAUCUCUGCCAGUCCCACACGUGGGCGCAGGAAGUGCUGUUCUGGAAGGGAAGUUCUAUGUGCUCGGCGGCUACAGCCGCGAAGACUACAGCGAGAGAAAGAUGGUGCAUCGCUACGAUCCUUCCAUCCACAGAUGGGAGAACAUGGGCAAAACCGCUGGGCCGAACAAUGACGUCCGAGCCGCUGUGCUUUGCUUGCCUGCGCAUGUGCGACUGUAA